AUGGCGCUCAAAGGGACCAACCCCUGGCUGGCUGCAUCGCUGGUGUGCCUGACGGCAGCGGCCCUGGCAGCAGAGUCUGUGGCGGCAGCCGGCUGGGGACGGCUGUACCGCCAGCGCCGCGCAGGCUCCAGCGGGCUCGCCCUGGGCGCCCUGGCGCUGCCCUGGGCCUAUGCAGGGCUGGUACUCAAGCACCGCCAACAGGCAUGGAGUUUUUCCAGCGGUAUUGCAGACUCUGCGGCCUUCACAGCCACAGCAGCCUCGGCAGCAACAGCCCUGCUGCUGCUCCUGCGGCUGCAGCUGCAAGUCCUGGCGGGCUGUGCAGCGGCAGAAUCCAGGGCCGGCAGCGGCCUCCACCACCCCUUGGCGCUGCUGGUUGCCGCGGCGGCCGCCGCCGGUGGCACGCACCUGCUCCUGUCGCUGCUGCCAAGGGUCUGCACGCUCGGCGAGGGGCUGGUGGCAGCACAGGCAGCGGCCCUGCUCGGCGCCGCCGCGCUGCGGCAGCUGCCACUUGCGGCUGGAGCAGCAGCCGCGCCGGGCCAGGUGCUGGCCACUGCACCCAGCCCUUACCUCCGUUUUGUGGUGCUGCUGGCGGCGGGGAGCGUGCUGGCAGCAGCGCUGCUCAUUCCCCUGCUGCAGCGCGCCCAGCAGGCCAUGCCAGUGGCGAGCAGGGCGAGGACACGCCGCCGCUCCCGCAGCAGCAGCAGCGGUGUUGGCAGCAGCAAGGCUUGGGUGGCGGCCGCCGCGGCCGUGGCGGCCCUGGCAGCAGCAGCAGCAGCCCCAGCAGCUGCGUGGGCGAUGCGCUUCGCUCUGUCCUCCCGCCGCCGUGCGCUGCUGUGCGCCUGGUGGGCUGCCGACCUCGCUGUGGCGCUGCCCGUGCAGCACUGGGUCAUCCGCAGCGGCCGGCUGCUGGGCGUGGCGCUCGCUGCUGCCUUUGCGCUGCUACUGGCGGCGGAGGCGCUGAGGCUCAGCGGGCUGCCAGGCGUAGCGCCUCGCCUCCACGCCUUCAUGACUAGCUUCACAGAUGGCAGGGACUCGGGCCUGCUGCUGGUGACCCACCUCACGCUGCUGCUGGGCAUGGCGGCGCCCGUCUGGCUGUCCAAUGCCCUGGACCGCGGCGCGCUCGGCGGCGCGGCGGAUGCGGCGGGAGCAGGGGAGCGGGUGUGGCCCGCGGCGUAUGCCGGCAUCUUGGUGGUUGGCCUCGGAGACACCGCCGCCUCUGCCGUGGGGUCACUCCUGGGCCGCUGGCGCAUCUGCCGGGGCAGCCGCAAGACUGUGGAAGGCACCUGCGCGGCUGCCGCCGCCACGCUGGCGGGCUGGUGGCUGCUGGCCGCCGCAGACCUGGUGGGCGCGGGCGGCGGCGGGCCGGCAGGCAGCGCUUGCGCUGCCGGCGGGGCCUGGUGGGCGCGGCUGGUGGCGGCCACCGCGCUGUCGUGUGUGCUGGAGGCUGUGACGGAGCAGCUGGACAACCUGUUUGUGCCGCUGCACUACUUUGCCCUGCUGUGCCUGCUGUGA